AUGUAUUUGUGUAUGCAUGCCAGUGUGCCGAUAUACAUGUCAAGUGGUAUGUGUUUAGGCCGCCGUGUAAAUCUGUGCAGAAACACAUUGAAAGCUUUGGAGAACAUUGCUAGGUGGCUGUCCUGUUUGCGAAGCACAUAUUCUCGUCGACGUGACUCUGUUUUUCUUAGCUUUUCCGCCACUCUGUCUCGCAUUACCAAGGCCGCCUCAACCGAACGAACCUGCGGCAGCUCGGCGCACACCAACACUGGAACGGAUCUUCCCGCACUGCCCCGCGUGCGGCGCUCGACUUUUCGCCUUCGUGAGUUCUUUCCUUCUUUUCUGGAAUUCACUGAUUGUCGCCUUCAAUCAUUUCUCGUUUCUCGAAGAGUUCCAAGGCAUUCGGUUCGCCACAGCAUUCAAAAACUCGCGUUUCUGCGCGCUGUCUUGCAUGCACCCGCCCCAAAGCAGCACCGCUCUGCGCACGCGCCAUUUUUUCCGGUCGCCGUCAAAGACACACUUCCACUUUUUUCCAGAGGAAUUUAUCUCUCUGUCAAAAUGCCUCAAUCCAAGAAGCGAGUGAGCGCCGCCCACGAAGGCGCGGCCUCUCCCGAGGCGAAACAUCAAAAAACAAACGAGACGAACGGCGGAGCUGCACAGAACGCCCUGGAGGCGCUUCGCCUUCUCUCCGUCGUGGUGGCUGACACCGGGGAUUUUGUGGCUCUGAAAAAGUACGUUCCUCACGAUGCAACGACGAAUCCGUCUCUUCUUCUCAAGGCUGCCUCAAUGCCGCAGUAUGCGCAUCUGAUGGACGAGGCUGUCGAGGUUGCCAAGAAAGUUCAUGGAAAGUCGGCGCGCGCCUUCUUUCAGGUCGAGCCAGACGAUGAACUUGUUGAGGAAGUGAUCGACCAAUUGUUUGUUCGCUUCGGAGUAGAGAUCCUCAAAAUCGUCCCCGGCGUCGUCAGUACGGAAGUAUCUGCUGCUCUCUCCUUCGACGUACAAGCUUCGGUCGAAAAGGCCCGGAAGCUCAUUCUAAUGUACAAGGAGCACGGCAUCGAGAAGGACCGCGUCUUGAUCAAGUUGGCGACUACGUGGGAAGGCUGUGAAGCUGCCAAGAUUCUAGAAAAGGAGGGCAUUCACUGCAACAUGACUCUGCUCUUCUCCUUCGCUCAAGCGGUCGCGGCUGCCGAAGCGAAGGCGACUUUGAUUUCUCCAUUUGUCGGGCGCAUUCUCGAUUAUUACAAGAAGCUCCACCCCGAGAAAGUUGCGGAGUAUGUGGGAGCGCAAGACCCUGGAGUCCAAAGCGUUAAACGCAUCUACAAGUACUACAAGAAACACAAUUACAAGACGGUAGUCAUGGCUGCCUCGUUUCGCAACAUUGGUGAGAUCAUUGCGUUAGCUGGCUGCGACCGAGUGACGGUUUCUCCUGCUCUCCUGGAGGAGCUGAAAAACAGCGACUUGCCCGUUCGGCGGGUGUUGGGAGAGCCGACAGAGAGUGUGGAGGCGAGUGAUGCAGAAGAUGAAAAGAAGCUCGAAAUGGAUGAGAAGACGUUUCGAUGGAUGCUCAAUGAAGACGCGAUGGCGACGGAGAAACUCGCAGAGGGCAUUCGCAGCUUCAACCGGGACCUGCUGUCUUUGAAGGAAAUGAUUAGAGAAAAACUCACCACAGCGUGAACAGCGAACGCGACUCGCACCAGGCUGGACGACUCACCAGCUGCAAAGAAGAAAAGGAGAGAGCAAGGGAUGAAGAAGAAGAGAGCAAAGCCAGGAAGAGAGAAGAAGGAAAAAGGAGAAGAAGGAAGAACUGGCUGGAAGAAGGAGGGAGACAAGCAGGCCUGGGAGGAAUCUGCGGUGGACCGAGCACGAGUUGAGGCAAAAGGGAACGACAUUGUACGCAGGAUCGCUCGAGAGGUUGAGAAUACUCGGCCUAGCACCUGUCUAGACACUGGGACGAACUUGCGAGAAGAAUCGAGUUCUUCAGACAGAGAAAGGCAGAGAGAGAGAGAGAAGAGAAACCGAUGUGAGGUUGAGGGUACGUGCGACCGUCAGGGGGCUUUCUUUUGUCAGCCUUUGUGCUUCUUUUUUGAGAGAGGCACCCGCUAGAUGUUGCUAGAGCUUUCGCCGAGCCUGUCGGUAUUCGACAAAGCCGCUUUCGCCAGGAAUUCGAGAGCGACAAGGCGGUCUCUGUACGUUUUGCGCAACAUGCAGAACUGUGUUUUUUCUUUCCUCUGCCGGCUACAAGUGGGGACACCACUAGAAAACUGGAACGAAAACCGGAUGUUUCCCCCGUUCCUGCGAGUUCCGAAAAGCAAAGAUCUCGCUCGCGAGACGCGCAUGCAGACCUCUUAGUACGAGACUCCCUCAGCAACCUUCUUCAUUUCCCUCGUCUUCCAGGCUGCCAGAUACACCGGCUUGCCUCGAAUGGUAAAUCUAUCUAUUUCUAUAUCUAUCUCUAUAUAUGGAUGUACAAGAAGAUCAACACCUGCAUGGAGAGGGAGAGAACUGUCUGUGCA